AUGGACGCGACAAACAUGUCUAAAGACACGGAAGGGAAGAGCGAGAAAAUUAUGGAUAUGGAGAGCAAGGUGUUGUGGUACCCGGACUCCAAGAGGAACACACAUAUGGACAAGUUUAGGAUACAGGUCAACAGGGACUACGGUCUUAAUCUGGCCAACUACAAUGACCUGUACCAGUGGUCGGUGGACAGCUACCCAGAUUUCUGGGCAGAAGUGUGGCGCUUCUGUGGAGUAGUCAGCUCCAAACCAUAUGAGGAGGUGGUGGAUGUAUCCAAACGGAUCUCGGAUGUCCCACAAUGGUUUAAAGGAGCUCGGCUCAACUACGCUGAGAACUUGCUCAAACAUGCAGACCAGGACAAAGUAGCUCUUUAUGCUGCAACGGAGGCAAACGAUGAGAUUGUGAAGGUGACAUUUGGGGAGCUGAGGCGCGAUGUGUCAUUGUUUGCUGCAGCCAUGAGAAAGAUGGGCAUCCAGACUGGAGACAGGGUUGUAGGCUACCUGCCCAACGGUAUCCAUGCAGUGGAGGCCAUGUUAGCAGCAGCCAGCAUUGGAGCCAUUUGGAGCUCCACCUCUGUCGACUUUGGAGUCAACGGUGUCCUUGACAGGUUUUCUCAAAUCCAGCCCAAGUUGAUCUUCUCUGUUGCCGCUGUGGUUUACAACGGCAAAACACAUGACCACAUGGAAAAGCUGACCAGUGUUGUCAAAGGUCUGCCUGACCUGCAGAAAAUAGUGGUGAUUCCCUACGCUCGCUCCAAACAGGAGACUGACCUCUCCAAGAUCCCCAACAGUGUAUUUAUAGAUGAUUUCUUGGCAUCUGGGCGUGGUGAGGCCGACCAGUUUCCGCAGCUGGAGUUUGAGCAGCUUCCGUUCAGUCAUCCCCUGUUCAUCAUGUACUCUUCUGGCACCACAGGAGCUCCUAAAUGUAUGGUCCACUCUGCUGGGGGCACGCUCAUCCAACACUUGAAAGAACACAUUCUCCAUGGCAAUAUGACCAGCAGUGAUGUCAUCAUUUACUACACCACGACCGGCUGGAUGAUGUGGAACUGGCUGGUGUCUGCUCUGGCAGUGGGUGCCUCAGUGGUUUUAUAUGACGGUUCACCACUAAUGCCCACACCCAGUGUCCUGUGGAACCUGACAGACCAGCUGGGUAUUACUAUCUUUGGUACCGGGGCCAAGUGGCUGUCUGUGCUGCAGGAGAGGAACCUGAAACCCGCGGAAACGCACAACCUCCAGUCUCUCCACACCAUCCUGUCUACUGGAUCUCCUCUCAAACCUCUGAGCUACGACUACGUCUACCGCUGCAUCAAGAGCAACGUGCUGCUGGGCUCCAUCUCAGGCGGCACUGACAUAGUGUCAUGCUUCAUGGGCCAGAACCCAACAGUUCCAGUGUACCGGGGCGAGAUCCAAACAAGAAACCUCGGCAUUGCUGUGGAAGCUUGGGGCCUUGACGGUAAACCCGUAUGGGGAGAGAGUGGCGAGCUAGUCUGCUUGAAACCAAUCCCCUGCCAGCCAACACAUUUCUGGAAUGAUGAGAAUGGGAUCAAAUACCACAAAGCUUACUUUUCUACAUAUCCUGGGGUAUGGGCCCACGGAGACUACUGUAAAAUCAACCCAAAGACAGGAGGCAUUGUCAUGCUGGGCAGAAGUGACGGUACAUUGAACCCCAACGGAGUCCGAUUUGGCAGCUCAGAGAUCUACAACAUUGUGGAGGCGUUCGAGGAAGUCACAGACAGUCUUUGCGUUCCUCAGUACAAUGCCGACGGAGAAGAGCGAGUUAUUUUGUUCUUAAAGAUGGCACCUGGUAGGCCCUUCUGUCCGGAGUUGGUGUCAAAGAUUAAAGGAGCCAUUAGAAAAGCUCUGUCUGCCCGACACGUGCCUGCUCUGCUGCUGCAGACUAAAGACAUUCCUUACACCAUCAGCGGGAAGAAGGUGGAGGUGGCUGUGAAACAGGUGAUUGCUGGCCGGGAGGUGGCACAGAGAGGAGCUUUCUCCAACCCUGAUUCGCUGGAUCUCUACAAGAACAUUCCUGAACUGCAAAACUAUUAGAGAUGAGGCUUCACUGAGCUGGAGGAGAGGACCUGCAAAAGAGAACCACCUGUCAAGAAUUCAGCUUGGUUUUUAAAUUGACUUUAUUCAAAUGUACGGGGAACAGGGAGAUAUGCAUAGAUAAGCGCAUUGCAGGGGUAGUUUCCAAAGGCCACCAUGAGCUUUGUACAGGGCAUAUAAAAAGGAAAAACAAAAGUGUGUGUCAAAAUAAUACAAAAAUGGUACAAAAAAAUAUAUGUAACUAUAAUAAUGUGUAUGGUAUCAGGCAGACGAGAGACUUUAAAAACAUAAGUUGUACUGCGCCAUUGUCUUUGCUUUAAAUCAAAUGAUCAAGCAGCUGCUCUCGGUUUACCAUGUUGUGCAAGUAAAUGUUGGAUGCUGGAUUCUGCUUUGGAUAUAAUAUGAUGUGCACAGCAGCACUUGUGAAUACGCUCAUGCUCUGAAGACACCAGUAAUGGAGAAUUUUGCAUCAAGUGCUUUACAUUCUGAUUGCAAUCAGCCAGUAAAGAACCACAUCUCUCUUGUGUCCCCUGCUGUAAGCCCAGCGUUGGUUCGGAGUGGGUCCCAGACUGAAAAUCCAAGGAAGUGUGCAGAUAAACACACACACACACACAAACACCUGGGAUUAACACCUCAGCUUUGCCUCAUAUCACCAUUUCAUUGUUAUGUGGUGCGUAUUGCUUCAUCAAAUGUACAUAAAUGAUUUUUCUUUUUUUUGGGACUGUGAAAUGAUGUUAACAUUAUAAUUAUGCAUUUAAAUAUAGUGACCCAAACGUCUCAGAUUUAGAGGGUCUUAACAUGUCAGGAGUUGUAGUUUGAAUAAAUGAAACGGGAGAUUCCAGAUGAAACUAAAUUUACUGAACCUUUCCCGACCUAAAAAGUUAUUGCUCUCUUGUGUAUUACAUACUUAACUCCUAACAAUGAUUUGACUUUGUAACCAUUGAAUCUGUUUCAUACCGCCCAGGACAUGAAGGCAUGAAUUGAUGAAGUUCUCCGUACGUUUUUUUUUUCAGUCACAUUGGCCCUCAUUUAUUAAGCUAUUGUACAAACAACUCUAAAGAGCAAAUGGUCAUUCCACUGCAAAAGCCUGUAUUUAUUAAUUUCAUAUCUAUGUUCAAUGUUUGUCAUAACUGUAUGAGAAAUGUGCUCUCUUCAAAUAGCUACAGUACAGCCGGUUUUUACUUUGUACAUGGGAAAGCUAAAUGAUCUACCCCUAAUUUCGUCAAGCUGUGUGGCAAAGCCUAAAGGCUCAGUAUUAAAGAUGAACCACAGUGGUUUGGUCACUAAUGCUGAGCAACACGGGUGUACAAUAACAAAAGUCACUUGGGUUUAAUUUCCUGUUGAAAGAAAAAUCACAGUCACAGAUAUACAGUACAUGUCAGACGCAUUUGAUCUUUGGAGAAAAAUGAAGCAUUUUAUACUGAUACAGUGGUAGCAUUUUUCUUACUGGACUGGUUUUUCUUGUUUGGCUUUUGAUUCAGUCUUUGUCACUUGUUUCCAGAUUAUUUUAAACCUGUUUAAAUGUAUGAAUGUUGACAAAUCAACUCGAAAAUUCUGUGGUUCAUCUUUAAUGUCACUGCUUAGAUUGAAUCAAUUUCCUAUUUAAAGGUACUCUGUGGGAGGUUUUGACACCUUGCAGCACUAUGGGGCGAUAUUUUGAUGAGUGGGUCCACAUUUUGUUUGUAUCUUGUGAACGCUGGUGAUGGGAUAAAUAUUCCUUCCAAGGGUGUCGCACUAUUCCACAGAUUGACAGGUGGCGGUAAUGUUUUAAGAAAAGUAGCACUGCACCAGUCAAAUGCGGGGGCGAAGAAAACUGCAAGCCAGCGAACAUGGAUGUAAACAAUGUAGGUUUCAAUUAAAUAUACGAAUGACUACUAUAAUAAUGUUGGAAGUUUACAGAGCCAUGAACUUGAGACUUGGUUGGAGUCCAGUUCCUCGAUGUAAAAAGUCUCACUAAUCUGGUGUUCUAGGAUUUUAUUUAUUCCUAACUUUAGUCAUUCAAAACAUGAGAAAAUGCUUUAUUGGCAUCCUGUCGGUGUGCAGAGGACAUAUGAGGGCUGCAGAAAUGAGGAGUGUGGGUUGAAUGUAGGAAUGUUGUCAAAUGAAAAGCUGUGAAAAGUGUUCACAAAUAAUAACCAUCUGAUGAGCAUGAAUGGUAAGUUCCAUGCAGUCCCCCAGAGAGGCUGUGUGUUGUGUGAUUCAUCCCAGUAGUCUUAUAACAGAGCACAUCACAAACUAGAAAAUGACUUUGUAAUGGCUUGAUUGUACCUUGUACUUACAAGGGUUGACGGUUAAUUAAUUCUCGGUGAAAUCAAUUUUAAAUAUAAAUUGAAGCUGACUAAAUAUAGACUGUUUAUUCUCAGUUAUAUUAUAAACUGACCUGUGGUGCUUAAGUAGCCUAAUGUGUUUUCUUCCAUACUGCGGACGAUUAAAUGUGUAAACUGA